CAGCUGAUGGUCACACUGCUGGCUCGGCGUGUUUUGCUUUCUGUGUUGCCCAAAGAAGUUAUUUGUUUAUUUCUAGUUAAACGAUGAAAAUCUCGCGCUUUAAAAAGUCACACAAAACCCUGGUGUUUUUCGCCAGCAACUUUGAUUAUCGGGAGCCCUAUCAGGUGCUCGUCGACGCCACAUUCUGCCAAGCAGCACUGCAGCACAAAAUUGGCAUAGAAGAGCAGAUACGCAAAUACUUUCAGUGCAAUGUGAAGCUGCUAACCACACAGUGUGUAAUAUUGGAGGCAGAGGCUUUGGGUGCACCUCUAACAGGUGCCACAACAAUUGUGAAACAAUUCCACGUGCACAAAUGUGGACACGAGGGGAAACCUGUUGCGGCUGCGGAGUGCAUCAAAUCAAUGACCAAGGAUAAUCGAUACGUGGUCGCCUCACAGGAUCGUUUGUUACAGGCAAGUCUUCGCAAGAUUCCCGGACGUUGUCUUCUCUACUUGCACAAAGCGACGCCCGUGCUCGAAGCUCCCUCGGCAGCAUCCAAGAAAUGGGUGCUAAAGCGUGCCAAAAAUCUGAUGCUGGGGAAGCAGGCAGACAAAAUCGAUUAUAUGAAGCAGCAGCAGGGGAUAAAACCAACAGAGCCAGCUGUGAAAAAGAAACAACAACGUGGUCCAAAGAAUCCGAAUCCUUUGUCCUGCAAGAAGAGCAAGAAACAAAAGGCAGCGCCACAAGGCGUGCAACAGACAACUACAACGAUAGCAAAGGCGAAGCGGAAACGCGUCAAGAUCUCUGCACACAUCAAAGAAUUAAUCAAUUAAAAAAUCAGUUUAAUAAUUAUUACAUGUAUAAUUA